AAUAGUUUUCUAUCGGAACGAUAAUGCACUUUUCACGUGUAAUUUCCAUUGAUCAAGCAACGACAUUCACGAAAUGCUGAAUCACGAUUAGCAGGAAGUGUUCCGAUAAGAACCGUCUAUUUGUGCGUUAAAAAAUUUUCGAUUAUAUUCGAUUUGUUCGCUCGUAAUAAAUGCCGGAAGUUACCACGUCGGGGGAGAAAAUAACUAAUGGGAUUUUUAUCGUUCAAAACGAAUGAAUUGGUGUUCGACUGCGCAACCUUUAUAUGCGUAAAUUUUACCAGCAUAAAUAAAAUAGUCUAUAUAAAUGAAACAGUUCCAUCGAUGAAAAAUUUACUGAGACGAGUGUCAAGUUCACCGGAUGUGAAUCGUCCACAGAAAUAAAAAUGUUCUAGAAUGUUCUAGAACAUUCUAGAAUUUUCCCGAGUAUAUAAAGCGAAACUUAAACGCGCCACUUCAUUCAAUAAUCUGCCAGGUGCUCGACAACGUGCUCUCGCAUCUCCGAAAACCAUUUAAUAUCGACUCGACUCAAUAUCAAGAUGUCUGCACAAAUGGAAACUGAGGCUGGAGACGUGGAGACUUUUGCGUUUCAAGCAGAGAUUGCUCAGCUUAUGUCUCUGAUCAUCAAUACGUUUUAUUCUAACAAGGAAAUCUUUUUAAGAGAGUUGAUCUCAAAUUCCAGUGAUGCUCUCGAUAAAAUACGCUACGAAUCUUUAACCGAUCCUUCCAAGUUAGACAGCGGUAAAGAAUUGUACAUUAAAAUUAUUCCGAACAAGAAUGAUGGCACAUUGACCAUUAUUGAUACUGGCAUUGGUAUGACCAAGGCAGACUUGGUUAACAAUCUUGGUACAAUCGCUAAGUCUGGUACCAAAGCAUUUAUGGAAGCGCUUCAGGCUGGCGCAGAUAUUUCCAUGAUUGGUCAGUUUGGUGUAGGAUUUUACUCUGCCUACCUUGUAGCUGAUAAAGUUACGGUCGUUUCAAAACAUAACGACGACGAACAAUACCUAUGGGAGUCUAGUGCCGGUGGAUCGUUUACUGUCAGGCAUGAUCCUGGGGAGCCAUUAGGACGUGGAACCAAAAUUGUUUUACAUAUAAAAGAAGACCAAAGCGAAUACUUAGAGGAAAGUAAAAUCAAGGAGAUUGUUAAGAAACAUUCCCAAUUUAUUGGUUAUCCGAUCAAAUUAGUUGUUCAGAAGGAACGCGAGAAGGAACUGAGCGAAGACGAAGCUGAAGAACCUGAGGAAAAAAAAGAAGAGGACGAUGGAAAACCAAAAGUCGAAGAUGUAGAUGAAAGUGAAGAAGCAACCGAGGAAGAGGGAAAAAAGAAAAAGAAAAAAACCAUCAAAGAGAAAUAUACAGAGGAUGAAGAAUUGAAUAAAACAAAACCUAUCUGGACUAGAAAUCCUGAUGACAUUUCUCAAGAGGAAUACGGUGAAUUCUACAAAUCAUUGACCAAUGAUUGGGAAGAUCAUUUAGCUGUGAAACACUUCUCUGUCGAAGGCCAGUUAGAAUUUAGAGCUUUACUCUUUGUUCCAAGGCGGAUGCCAUUUGACUUAUUUGAGAACAAGAAAAGGAAAAAUAACAUCAAGCUUUAUGUACGAAGGGUAUUCAUUAUGGACAAUUGUGAAGAAUUAAUACCAGAAUAUUUGAAUUUCAUGAAAGGUGUAGUUGACAGUGAAGACCUUCCUCUUAACAUUUCUCGUGAAAUGCUUCAACAAAAUAAAAUCUUGAAGGUUAUUCGUAAGAAUCUUGUUAAGAAAUGUUUAGAAUUAUUUGAAGAACUUACAGAAGAUAAAGAUAACUAUAAGAAAUUCUAUGAACAAUUUAGUAAAAAUAUUAAAUUAGGUAUUCACGAGGAUAGUACUAAUCGUAGCAAGUUGUCAGACCUUUUGAGAUAUCAUACUUCUGCUUCUGGUGACGAAGCUUGCUCUCUCAAGGAUUACGUAGGCAGAAUGAAGGAAAAUCAGAAACACAUUUACUUCAUCACUGGAGAGAACAAAGAACAAGUUGCAAACAGUUCCUUCGUUGAACGUGUGAAGAAACGUGGUUUCGAAGUUGUAUACAUGACAGAACCUAUCGAUGAAUACGUAGUACAACAAAUGAAAGAGUUUGAUGGCAAGCAGUUAGUAUCCGUAACCAAAGAAGGAUUGGAACUCCCUGAAGACGAGGAGGAGAAGAAAAAGAGAGAAGAAGAUAAAGCCAAGUUUGAAAACUUGUGCAAAGUAAUGAAGAACAUUCUCGAUAACAAAGUAGAAAAAGUUGUAGUAUCUAAUCGUUUGGUAGAUUCUCCAUGCUGUAUAGUUACCUCGCAGUAUGGCUGGACAGCCAACAUGGAAAGAAUCAUGAAAGCUCAAGCUCUUAGAGAUACAUCUACUAUGGGCUACAUGGCUGCUAAAAAGCAUCUUGAAAUCAAUCCAGAUCAUGCUAUUAUUGAAACUCUUCGUCAAAAAGCAGAGGUUGACAAGAGCGAUAAAGCAGUAAAGGACUUAGUAAUCUUGCUGUUCGAAACAGCCCUUCUUUCCUCAGGUUUUACGUUGGAUGAACCUCAGGUUCAUGCUGCAAGAAUUUAUAGAAUGAUCAAGCUGGGACUUGGUAUCGACGAAGAAGAACCUGCACCAGAGGAACAAAAUACAGAAGAUGUACCUCCCCUUGAAGGAGACACGGAAGAUGCUUCACGAAUGGAAGAAGUAGACUAAGUUUAAGAUCUGAAUACGAAGUAAACAUUAAUGUCAUUGUAGUUAUUGAAAGACUGCCAAAGUAGCCACGUUUUAUGUGGUAUCGUCAAACAUUCUCAUUUUCAUUUCUUGUAUCAUACAAACCCUACUUAAUUUAUAGUACAAAAUUUUGUUCUAGAUAAUAAAUAUUUUGGAAUUAA